AUGGGUGUCGAUCGGGAUGGGUGUCGAUCGACACUAGGAGGGAAGUACAUUAAUAAGAGCAUAACGCUUCUUGGAAAUGUCAACAUUAAACUAAGUGACAGUGGAAAGCUAAGGGCACAUAUUCCGUACCGAGAUAGUAAGCUYACUCYAARUCUUCAGCCUGCGCUUGGUGGUAAUGCAAAGACUUCGAUUAUAUGCACUAUGGCCCCAGAAGAGCUAAUAGAAGUUACUUUGUGCUCAGGUCUYGGUUUUCCUUGCCUUUUAUUAUCAUGCCAAGCACAAGAAUAG